AUGCUGCUGCUCUUAUUGAACCAUUUCCUCAGGAUAAUUCAUAUAUUGUAUUACCAAUCUAAAAAUGGGUUUGGUGACAGUUUAUCGGCAGAUAUAAGUAGUCUUAUCAAUGCCGUAGCUUCGAUUAUAGUUAUAACAAUUGUUUGUUCUAGAACGUGUGCAGAAGCAAAGAAAACUUCUUCUGUAAUUCACGAUUUGCUACCGUGUGAUGCAAGAAAACUGCACCUAUGUAAAGACGAAGUUAAGUAUGAGGUCUUGCAAUUUUCAAUGCAAUUAUUGCAUCAUAAUCUUACUUUCUCACCUUGCAAUAUGUUUCCAAUUGAUGAAUCGUUAUUAUUAAGGAUUCUGGCUUCACUGACAACAUAUUUGGUGAUCGUAAUACAAUUCGACAUAAGUUUAAAGAGUUAA